AUGAGAAGCUUAUUUAUUUUGUUUGGCUACCUUGUGUUUAAGUUAAAUUCUGUUUAAAUGUCAUGUCAAGAAUUAUAAUCUCAACCGUUUUUCAAUUGCUAUGCAUACAACUCUGGCUGUUACUUUUUGGAUGGAGAUGAUGAAGAUUAUUCAAAACUUUAACAUGUUGACAAUUAAAUUAUAACACCUUCAUUCAUAAUCCCUUAGUAAGAAGAUCCAUUGAUCAUAAAAAUUAUUGAUGCCUUGGAUUACAAGAAUAAAAUACAAGAAAGGCUGAUAUGCUCCUUAAUUCGUAAAUUUGAAUAUCUUAUCGUUUGUACAAGCGUUGAUUUAGUUUAUUAAGAGGAUUCAGUUAAUGUUAAUGAGAAGCUUAGAUUUUAUACUAAAAUUGUAGGGACAGAACUCUGUGGUGAUAUGGAUAUAAAUGAAGAUGGAAGUUUAAAUAUAUUUUGUUUAAGUCGUUUUACUUUAAAAUAAUAUAAUUUGAAUCUAUCAAAUAGGAAUACUACAUUAAUUUAGGAGUUUGAUUUUCAAGACUAAAUAUAAAAUAGGUGCAAAUUUAAAUAUAAGAAAUGGAACAACAAUAAAUACAUAAUUGCAUUUUAUCAAUGUUCUAAUUGGAAAGUAUUAAUUUUUCAAUAUUAUGAAAUUAUCACUUUAGCAGUUUCUUCAAUGAAGGAGAAUGGUACUUAAAAAUAUAGGUACUCUUAUAUAGAUGAUGUAGCUUUUUGUGCCAAAAAUUAAUUAAACUUUAUUCUUUAUUUGAUAGAAAAUGACUCUUAUCUUUAAGUGCAUGUGAAGAAAGAUUUAAUCGUUAUAAAUUAUUAAGCAAUUCAAAAAGUAAAAGGAAUACACAAAGCAUUAAUCUAAACAAAAUGCUAAAUUAUAACUUUGUUUAAUUCAUCAGAUGAUAUGAAUUAAAAUGUAACUGAUUCCACAAUUAAUGGGGAUAUUGCUAUAAACCAAAAAUAUUUAAAUCAUAAAAUCUAUUUUCAUUCUGAUUUUCUUUUUCUCUAAAACUAGACUGAAUUAAUAGUUCUAUUGAAUGCUAAUAUUAAUUAGACAUAUCUAAUAAGAAACACCCAAUUACAUUUUUUUGAAUCUGCUAACUUAUUUUGUUAAUUUGAUCAAUCCAAAAAUGCUCUAUAAUUUUACAGAUAUUAAUAAUUUAGUAGUUUUAUUAAACCAAAAAAAAGGUAUCUCUUUUUGAUUUAGGCCUAGUUUUUGUUAAGUUAUAAUAGUUAGGUAACUUGUUUUAGAAUAGUUGAUAAAAAUGAUAUAUAAGAAGAAAAAUCAAAAUUAGACUAGUUUAUAACAUUAGAAAACAAAUGUUAAAGCUACUUUUAGUAAACUAUUUAGAAAUUAGAACCUUGGAUUUAAUGUAAAAAUAGUUAAUUCGCAUUAUCUAAUAGUGAUGGCAGCAUAAAUGUAAGUAUAAAAACUAAUGACAAACUUUUGGACAUCUGUUUAUCAGUACCUGAUCUAUUAAAUAUUAAAGGCAAGAUUGAAAUGAGAUCUAUAAGACUACCUAAUUACAUAAGUUUUCAAAAUGAAACUUAGUUUUAUAUUUAUAAUUGCAAGUAAAAAAAAAUAUUAGUUUCAAUUAACAAACUUGAAUUUGAUGUACUUGAAUCUGAUUCUGACUAUUAUGUAGUAUAGAAAAGAAAUAAAAAUAAUAAUUUGUUAAAAAUAAUUUCAUUAAACAGCUAUCCACAUUACCAAAAUAUAAUAUAGUUUGAUUAAGCGAUUAUAAGAGUUGAACAAAUUGCUUAAUGUGUAUUUGUCUACUUGAACGAUUCAAAUUUGCUUCCAUUGAUAUAUUAAAAUACUUAAGAAUUUUUAAUAAGAAAAUAUCUUCAAAAGAGUCUUUUUUCUCAAGAACCUAUUCUGUAUUAUUAAGAGUAGGUAAAUUAAAAGUUUAUUUAAUAUCCUAAUGUUCUGGUUGUUGAAGAUGAAGGAUAGAUAAAUUGUUAUAGAUUUCAAGCUGGAUAAAUAAUUUAUAUUAAAGUCUAAGCACACUCAAAUAAAGACUAAUUAAUAAUCGCAAUACAAAAUAUCACAGGAUCACUUACCCUUAGUUAUUUUGUUGGUCAUGAUAUACAUUAAAUUUCAAAUUAUACUUUUACUGAUUAUUAGUUUUCUUAUCCAUUUAUGUAUAGAUUUUUUUUACAUAAAUUAAGUACAAGCCUUUAACAUCAUUUAGCUGUUUUAAUGAAGUAAGAUUAGAAGUUAUACAUAGCUAUUUUUUCAUUUAAUAUUGUCUCCUUACAAUUAGAAGAAAUUAUAGCAACUGAUUAGCCCUUUUUUACAUUUUUGUAAGAGUUUCUAUUGUAUUCUGAAAAUAAGGAAUGGAGAUCUUUGCUUAUGAAUGAAUUUUUAGUUGAAGUAGAGUCCAACGUCAAAUUGUAGAAUAGGUUAGUAUCGCUCUAUUAAACAGACUUAUAACUAAGAAAAUAAGAAAAAUAAAGUGUAAAAUUAAAUAUUUUGAUUUACAAUUAUUGUUAUAAGCUAUUUCCUCUUUAGAAUUUGUUCAAAUUAGAAAUUCAAAAGAAUCAAAUUAUAAAAUUAAAUAUUUAUGAUAUUUUCAAUGGUCCAAUCGAUAGUUUGAUACUUGUAAGCAAUCCAUAGAUAGGUUUGAAUGGACCCUUUUAAAUUAGAAGUAGCUUAUAAUUUUGCGGUCUAAACACUUCCAAUUUUUGCAUUAAAUAAUACAAUAUUGUAAGUUAAGAUGAAAUUCAAAUGUUUAAAGCUAUUAUAAUGGAAAAUUAAGUUUAUGAAAUUAUUAACAGAGGUCCAAAUGUCUUGAUUAAUUAUGUAACAAUCGUAAAAUAGACACAUUAUCUUUGGUUUAUACAGUUAGAAACGAACCUUUAGAUUCAAUUAAUUUAAUGUUCUGGAUUGAUUGAUGAAUAUUGUACUGUGAUAUCUAAUCUUAAUUAAAAUUUAAAUAUAAAAUCAAUUAAUGCAGUGAAUGUGAUGAGAACAGGAAAUUUAAUAAUGGUAUAAACUUCAACUGAUCAUAUAUUCAUUUAUUUUGAAGAUUUAGAUUUCAUUAUAGUAUUAAUACCUGGCAUCAUCUUGGAUUUCAAGUAUAUUGAAGGAUUAAAAGAUAAAUAUUUGAUUUUAAAAUAGAAGAGUGUUAAUUCAAUUGAGGUAGAAUUAAUUAUUUACUAAAUUAACUUAUCUUAUUAAACCAUAUUGUAUUCCUUAUCAAUUUCUGAAGGACUAUAGAUAGAAAUGACUAAGAUCGGACAAUUAUAAUUCUAAUAAUUAAAAUUAGUAUCAUGCACUUAAGUUGGAGGUUAAACUAAGAUUAACUUUUUCAUGAUAAGUUAAGGUUUUACUUAUUUGUUUUUAUUAAUAUUAGAUAAAUAAGAAAAUCAAAUUUAAUUCAAAUUAUAAAAAUCAAUUAGAAACUGGGGUUCUGUAGAUGACAAAUUUUAUGAAUACAAAAUAGAAUAUUUAGACGAUGAGUUAUUGGUUUUAAAAGAAAUUAAUACUAACAAAUAUUAAUACUAUGAUCUUAGAUAAGAAAGGAUCUUUUAUGAUUAUUUUCAUAAAUCAACGGAACCUAUAAUUGUAAAACGUAUUAAUAUUACACAUUUCAUUUUUUUCAAUAAUCCCUCAAUCCACGUAGGAACAAUUGGAUUUGAAAUAGAAUAAUCAAAUAGCUCAGAAAUUAAUUAUAAUUUUGAAUUGCAUGCAAAUAACCUUAUAUCAGCUGAAAAAGCAUCUUUUUAGAUACUUGUAAUAAAUGAAAAGAAUUAGUUUUCAAUUUAAUUAAUGUAAUUAUUAUGCUUAAUUUUCAUAAUUAUAUAUUUACGAAACAUGAAAAAAACCAAUCAAAAAUAAAACAAAUGCAGUACAAAAUUUUAAGUCGCAUAAUUAAGAAAUACAUGA